AUGCCAAAAUAUAAGUGUCUUUCAUUAAAUGAAAAAUAUCAACUGAUCGAUAUGAGUACAAAAGGACAUUCAGUAAGACAAUUACAAAAUAUAUUUAAUUGUGGAAAAACUCAGGUUUACGAUACUCUUAAAAAUCAAAAUAGAAUUAAAGAAGAAUGGUUAAAUGGAAAUGGUAAAAUGAUAAAAGCAAUGAAGCAUAAUGAUAAUGAAAUUAUUAACAACGAAAUUUGGGAAUUCCGAAAUUUUUCCGUUUUAUUGAAUAAAGCGGAAAACUGCUUGAAGCGGAAUUUUUUGUUGGUCCCAUGCGAUUCCGCUUUAGACAGUUUUCACUGUACUUUAAAAACGGGAUUUUCGGACUGUGUGAAUAGAAAAUUGGAUUCUACGAAUCACACUUACUUGAGCACUGUUGUAACUUGA